CGUCGCGGUUGUCGCAGUUCCGGCGGAGCGUCCGCCGAGUUCUAGCGGCGGAGGCUGUUCUGCCGGCAGGUACCGGUAGCGGUGGGAAUCCCGCUCCGCCAGCCCAGCUUCUGCAGUAUCCCCGGCUGGCCCGGGCCCAGGCGCCGCACUCACGGCGGCUCCGCCGCAGCCGCGGAGCGAACAGCAGCCCGCGUCCCCCGAGGUUGGCGUCAUGAGGAGCCUGCCGUUCUUCUGCCGCGGCCAGGUGGUGCAUGGCUUCGGCCGCGGCUCCAAGCAGCUAGGCAUCCCCACAGCCAAUUUUCCGGAACAAGUAGUAGACAGUCUUCCGGCUGAUAUAUCCACUGGCAUUUAUUAUGGUUGGGCCAGUGUCGGGAGUGGAGCCGUCCAUAAAAUGGUGGUGAGCAUAGGAUGGAACCCAUACUACAAGAACGUGAAAAAGUCCAUGGAAACCCACAUCAUACACACCUUCAAAGAAGACUUUUAUGGCGAAAUUCUCAAUGUGGCCAUUGUUGGCUACCUCAGACCAGAAAAGAACUUUGAUUCUUUAGAGUCACUUAUUUCAGCAAUUCAAGGUGAUAUUGAAGAAGCAAAAAAACAGCUGGAUUUACCAGAACAUUUGAAACUCAAAGAUGAUAAUUUCUUCCAAGUUUCUAAAAGCAAAAUUAUGAAUGGCCACUGAUGAAAAGUGCCUUAUCUAGCCCCUCGCUGUCGGGUCUCAUUGCUUGUGAUACAGUCUCAUCCUGGUCAUAUUUUAGAUUGAGCCUUUCCCUGUAGCUGUCAAGUGGUCUUCAGCUAUUAACUCCAUCAUGUUAUAUAGUACUAAAAGAUUCAUUCAGAAAUCAAGACUUUUUAAAUGUAGUAUGUGAUGCUAGUGUCGUGUAGUGGAAAUGAAGUCUGUAUGAGUGUGGGUGGAAAAGCAAGUCUCUGUGGGAAAUGAAGCCUGGUUCUCGUUCUCAUAACCAUGUGUGCGGGCGCUGCUGAGCAGGGGCUUUUCCCGGGAAAUGUGCCGCACAGAACUUACCCUGGGAGGAGAAUCUCUAGAGCGUAUUUUUGUUAUUUUGUGUAUUAAUAUAUUUUUGCAGAAUUGCAAACUUGCGAGCUUUGAGUCACCGAUUUCCCCUAAGGUCACUUCCUUUAGUGUCCCAGUGUCUGUACAGAGCCACUUGAGCUGGAAGUGGUCGCACGUGUCCCCGCAUCAGGGCGCUUGCUUCUCUGCACAGAUUUGUUUCAUUUCCUUUUGAGACAGGCUUCCAUUCUGUAGCUCCGGCUGACUUCAGACGAUUCGUAGCGGUCCCCUCUCUUUGCACUGGGAUUAAAGGAACGCACCACCAAGCUUGGUUAUCACACUUUCCUGAAAGGACACAAAAUAUUUGUUUUCUCCUUAGGGAAACCAAUAAAUGGCAUAUGUCGCACAUGUGAAGUGUGGUCCUAUUGUUUUCAGUGGAAAUGUAAGUCUAUUACUCUGUUGAACAGCUACUUAAAUAUAAUUUAAUAAUCAUCUAAAGAGUCCUUGUAGUUUCAGAAGUGGAGAAGUUUUAGCUAAAUAAUAUUUCUCAGUUUCCCCUUACUCUAACUUUUUUGGUGGCUUGAGUUACUAAAGUUGAAAUUGGAUUACCGAUCGUGUUGUGCCUGUCAGCAUUUUGAAUCAUUGUUUGCUCUGUGGCAAUAGAUUUGUUGCUGGGGAGGCCCUGCCUGGUGGGAGGGGCCAUGUUAAAAUAUAAAGGCAAUUUUAACAAUUCACAGACGCACACAUAGGGUGUGGUGCGGGAUGGAUGCUGGACAAGUGCUCUGUCACUGAGCCACAUCCCUAGCUCUGAAAGUAGGAUCUUUGAUGUUGGAAAUUCCAUACUUAACAGAAGCCUUAAUUUUCAGUGGGUUUAUGAAGCAAAGUUACUAACGAGCACGGAAAGUACACGAGUAGAUUUGUUUUUAGUAAGAUAGCUCGCUGCUGUGUUUGAUUAAGUGUAUGGAAGUGCAUUGCUAAUGUCAUCUCACAUUGUGUUACAGCCAUUGCUUUGGAAUUGUGUGGUUGAGAGGUUAGUGAAUUCUCUGGACUUCUCUAUUGUUGAUGUAUUAUAAGAAAUUAUAGUACCACUUUAAUUAGUCUGAAUGUUUUCAGGCCUUGGAAUAAAUUUUGACUGU